CACCAACCCGGGAGAGCGAGAUCAAAGGGAUUUGAAACAGACUGAAGGCUGGCGGGGGGAGGGGGCCGGCCAGCCUGUGGAGUCCUCCCGGAGAGGCGGAGGGCCCAGCUUCGCCCGUGACUUCGGCGGCCUCGUUGGGUUUUUUAUUAUUAUUUUCAAAUUUCUGAAUCCAGCUGGAGCGAGAGAACAAGACAUCUCUGUAGGCUGCAACUCGCUGGCUCUCGCUCAGAGAUGAUGCAGAGCGCGGCUGUCCCCACGGAGGGGGCUGUCAAGGGGCUCCCGGAGAUGCUCGGUGUGCCAAUGCAACAGAUUCCCCAGUGUGCUGGCUGCAACCAGCAUAUCCUGGACAAGUUCAUCCUGAAGGUCCUGGACAGGCACUGGCACAGCUCCUGCCUCAAGUGUGCAGACUGCCAGAUGCAGCUGGCUGACAGGUGCUUCUCCAGGGCCGGGAGUGUCUACUGCAAGGAAGACUUCUUCAAGCGCUUCGGCACAAAAUGCACAGCCUGCCAGCAGGGCAUUCCCCCCACCCAGGUGGUCCGCAAAGCCCAGGACUUUGUCUACCACCUGCACUGCUUCGCCUGCAUCAUCUGUAACCGGCAGCUGGCCACGGGGGACGAGUUCUACCUCAUGGAGGAUGGGAGGCUGGUGUGCAAGGAGGACUACGAAACAGCCAAGCAGAAUGAUGACUCAGAGGCUGGAGCUAAGCGGCCCAGGACCACCAUCACAGCGAAGCAGCUGGAGACAUUGAAGAACGCUUACAAGAACUCCCCCAAGCCCGCCAGGCACGUGAGGGAGCAGCUGUCUUCGGAGACAGGGCUGGACAUGAGGGUUGUGCAGGUUUGGUUUCAGAACAGAAGGGCCAAGGAGAAACGGCUGAAGAAGGAUGCAGGGCGGCAUCGCUGGGGGCAGUUCUACAAGAGUGUCAAGAGGAGCCGGGGAGGCAGCAAGCAGGAGAAGGAGAGCUCUGCAGAGGACUGUGGGGUUAGUGACAGUGAGCUGAGCUUCCGAGAGGAUCAGAUUCUCUCAGAACUUGGCCGCACCAAUAGGAUUUAUGGCAACGUGGGGGACAUUACAGGCGGACAGUUAAUGAAUGGGAGCUUCUCCAUGGACGGGACAGGACAAUCCUAUCAGGACUUGAGGGAUGGGAGCCCCUAUGGAAUCCCCCAGUCUCCAUCCUCCAUAUCGUCCCUGCCAUCCCAUGCUCCUUUGCUCAAUGGGCUGGAUUACACAGUGGACAAUAACUUGGGCAUCAUUGCGCAUGCAGGGCAGGGAGUGAGCCAGACGCUGAGAGCCAUGGCUGGGGGACCCACUUCUGACAUCUCCACAGGAAGCAGUGUAGGCUAUCCCGACUUUCCAACCAGCCCAGCCUCUUGGCUCGAUGAAAUGGAUCAUCCUCCUUUUUAAACACCUCUCCUCCCCAACCUACCUGUCCUUCUGGCUUGAGAGAAUAUCUUCAAGGAUCAAAAGAAACUUGACUUCUAAGGAUCGAAAGUGCAUCAAUGUGAACUUCCAUUAUUUUCAAUGGAAGUCCUCUACUGAUUCCUAGAAGGCUCUGAGACCAUUCUAGGGUGCUGUUUUCUUGGGGAAGUGGUGGGAGAGCAGCCUCCUCUCAGAACACAGCACAGGGAUGUGUAGCCUAGAGCUCUAGGGAAUGCUGGCUUGUUGGCUCUCUCCCCUCCUGCCCCGCUUAGAGGCUUUGGCUGCUCGGAGCUUUGGUGGCACGAGGUGACUGGGACAGCCACCUUGGCCUCUGGGAACUCUGCUCUGAUGGGUGCAUUCACACAAUGCCUCACAAACCACUGCUCACCAGAACAGAUUCCUGAGGUCCACGUGGCACAAUGUCCCUUGAGUAUAAAAGUGGUUUCUAAACCA